CGUGCGGGCGGCAGGAGUGCUCCAUCGAGAGGCGCGGCUUCCGCCACCAGCUCGACUCGUGGCGACACCGGCUGCUGCGCUGUGUGGAUCCAGUUUCUGAUCCUACUUCCACAUUUGGGAGUAUGCAAGGGACAAACACACCUCUUUGCGUAGCUUGACUGGAUGCCCAAGACUAGGAUGAUUUGAAAGUAUUCUAGAAGGGCUGUUUGGACCUGAAUUAUUAAAAGAUCUCAGUUUGUUUAAAGAUUUUGAGCCUGAAGGUGUCUCUGAUUGGUCUUUCGAUGAAAAUUGUCUUUUCUGCUGUUUGAGAAGAGAGAAAGUGAAGGAACACUUAGUCAGUCUGGAUGAGCCAGCUUUGGAAGUUGGGGACCAGGCUCUGCUUAGACAAGAGCAAGCGAAGAUCAUUCAGUUCGAAAGGCAAGCAGAAGAGUUUCUCCAUGCGGUCUUUUAUCGAAAAGAUAGUCCCAGGGUCUCUGACCCCAACAUUCCCCUAGUGGCUCGUGAGAUCAUGCAGCGGAUGAUCCGACAGUUUGCUGCUGAAUAUACCUCAAAAACUAGCUCUACUCAGGACUCCAGCUCGCCCAAUAGCACAAAGAACCAAAGCCUGCUGAAAGCAUCUCUGGUCGCCUCAUCCCCUGUGGGUGCAACGGCUCAGAACCCUGUGCUCAGCAAACUUCUCAUGGCUGACCAGGACUUGCCCUUGGACCUCACUGUCAGAAAGUCUCAGCUGGACCCUAGUGAACAAGACGGAGUGCUUGAUCUGUCCACUAAGAAAAGCCCUUGUGCAGGCAGCACCUCCUUGAGCCAUUCACCUGGCUGCUCUACUACUCCUGGGAAUGGUGAGGGCACAACAGAAGGAAUAGACUCUCCUGGUCAGCCAAAAUCUCCAUUGGAAAAAUUUAUGGUCAGAUUGUGCACAUACCAUCAGAAGCGUUUUGUCCGUGUCCUGAAUGAUAUAUGCACUGAAGUACAGCCAGGCUCUGAAGGCCAGCAGUUACCUGGACCUGCACACAUGGAUGCAUCUUCUUGUAGUUCAGGCUGCAGCCAGUAUCGUACUGAGAACCAGGAACUUGGAACUUCUUGUUCUGAACUGAAACACCUUCCAUCCCUGGAGCCUGAGCAAUCAGGGCCUCAUGGCUCUCUGCGCAUACUGUGCCAUGCUUUGAAGCAAGCUGUGGAUCUCAAGUCUUCAGACAGGAGAGAAAACUGUAGCCCUGUUGUCAGAAGAGACUUUCCUGAGCUUCCUAGCAUUAGAACAAACUCUGUGAGUCCCAGGGAUAGUCCCACUCAAGGGUACCUCACCACCUCCAAUUCCCAUUAUUCUGCUAAAGGCCUGGAAGGGCAGAGCCCUGGCAAUGAGCAGGAGAUGGGGAUCAGAAAAGGUGAGGAUGACAAAGACCAGGUGCAAAGUAGAGCUCUGAUGGGAGGUUACAUGUCUGUGAAAGCGUCAAAUGUAAACACUAGUGAGGACAGUCUGGAGACUCGUCUAGGCUCCCAGAAGAACCCUUUCAAACCUUUUCCUGAGGAGACCAGAGAGCCAGUCUUCUCAGCAAGCUCUCCUCGGAAAGCAGAUAAAGAGAAUGCUCUACAGUGCAGUUCCAAAGCCUCUUUGCACCCAGAUGUUGAAAUAAAUGACCAAGAAGCUAGACCGAAGGUAGACAACCAUCUCCAGUCUGCAGGAAAGAGCAAGGGAAGUGGCCAUAUGCAUCCUGUUGACAAGAGUCAUUUGGAGAAUGCCAUGGAUAAUUGGCUGCCUGCUAGCCCUGUGCCAGGGGUGCACCACAAAACCACUAAUGGACACUCAAGGGCCAAGAGCAUCUCAGUCUCCUCCAAAAGCACACGUAAGAGCAAACGAUCUUCGGGACUAAGAAUAAAUGACUAUGAUAACCAGUGUGACGUUGUGUUUAUCAGCCAGCCAAUUACAGAGUGCCACUUUGAGAGCAAGAGGGUGGUGUCUUCUAGAAAGACGGCAAGGAAGAGUACACGUGGGUACUACUACAAUGGAGAGUGCUGUGAGCUUCCAACUGUUCGCACUUUGGCAAAGGCUUCCUGUGUGCAGGAGAGUGGGAGUACUACAGCACUAAGGCCUGAGGCCCUAACCAGCCCUAGUCAGGCAGCAGCUCAAGUUAUGAGUGAAGAUGGUAACAGAAGGUCUUCCCCUCUGACACUCCCUCAGAUAGAUUCCCCGGAAAAGAAAACUGCGGACCCUUCUGAGCCAUGCUCAGCUGAGAACAAUCGUCCUGAAGCAAGUUCCUUGAAGCAGAGAGAAGCUAGUUUGUCUGAAACAGCUGCAUUUGCUCUCUCCCCACUGGCCUGCCCUGAUUUGAGUGUAGAGGAAAGCAGCUUGUCUGCCUCUUCAUUCCAGUCUGCAGUUGUCUCUUCCCCUCGAGUGAGUGAACAGGAGAUGCAAGAGCAAACUGAUACAGGUGAUGUGCUGCAGACUAAGAGCACUGCAGACUCCUGUAAGAGUAACAGUCCGCGUGAAGACUAUGUCAGUAUGAUAGAUUCUAUGCCUCUGUCCAUCUCAGAAACAGCUGAUGACAAAGAAAAUGCUUUGACCUUGGAGAAAAUCCCAGAGCCUUCCAGUCUUGUAAACCAAGAACCUUCUGUUAGCAUGAAUCUGCCACUGACUGAGGAGCUCACAGCCAAAGUGGACUUGCUGACUCCCCCUGAAGGGUCUGCUGCUACCAUAGACUUGCUACCAUCUGUGGAAUCCCCUGCCAAUGUGGAACUUCCACUGCUUCCCCCUAUAGACCUUGUAGAACCUCAAGUAGAGUCUCCUGCCCUUGACAGCCUGGAUGCUUCUGUAGUCCUCCCAGCAGAACUGCCUUUGGACACAAAGAUAGUGUGUUCUGGGGAGCUUGUUGCCACCCCGAGGGCAGCUUCUCCAGUGGAACUUCCUGCCAGUUUGAUCCCUGAGUCUCUUGCUCAUGUAGAUUUGGAAUCUUCAGAGCCCCCUGCUAUAGAAUCUCUGGAGAUGAUGCCUGAAAAGAUGGAGCAGGAGCUUUCCCAGCUGCAUUCCAGCUCUGAUGCAGCAGAGCUCCCUGCCAGCUUGCAGUGUGAUGGUGCAAAUGAAAGCAUUAAUACUGAGCUCAGUGUGGAAGGGACUCACGACUGGGAGGAAGGUCAGGCAGGAAAAAGUGAGACUGUGCUGCCUAUUGUAGAUACUGGUGAAAGCUGGGGAGAGGGAACUGUAAAAGAAUCAGGUGAUACUAGAAAGAUGGGUGAGAGCAGGGAGGCUGAUAGCAAAGCUCCACCAGUUCCUGGAUUGUCAGAAACAAGCAUCAAAGGGACAGCUUCUUCCAAAGUAGUCACAGACAAAAAGCGAAAGAGGGAGAAAAAACCUCAGGUAGUAUCUGAUCGUUGCCUUCGGAGCCAGCAGUCCCACUCACCCACAGAGGACAGUCCUGAACAGCCCAGCUCAUCCACCUCUCUGCAGCUUCCUCAGCUUCAGAUCAAGCUUUCUAAAAGCCCUGGUGGCAAACGUUUUAAGAGGGAAGUGCAUCUCGAUGGGGCAGCAUGUGUCAGCUUUCCAAGUGACUGCUUCCAUGAAACACUACUCACUGACAUUGGGAACACCUGUGAAGGAGAAUCUAAGCAGGAGGCAGGGGAGGGAAAUGACAUCACAAAGGAACAGACCUGUGAAAACCUGUUGUCAGUGGAGACUGCAGUGGAGAAAGGUCAGAAUAGAGAUGACAAUAGUAAGCCAGGGACAAUGCUUGAAAUCUGUUUAGAGGCGAGUUCUGACAAAAGAAGUGUUCAUGUCCCAGUAGGAAUUUUUGAUGAGGGUGAAGAUCAGACAAAUAGGAAUCUGGAAGCUUUAGAGAACUCUGAUGGUGCUAUGGAAGUUAGAGACAUGUUGCCCACUGGCCAUGGGAUCAGUUGUCAGCCUUGUCCUGGUAACAAAAAUGGAAGCAAAAAUGCACCAUUGGAGAAAUGUGUGAAAUACAAGAAACCAGCCCUCCAAUUCUAUAACUUGAGACACAGCCCUGCCCUUCCUCCUGUGGCUACUGUUCAAAAAAACACACCAGAAAAAGAAAUUACAAAAACAGACUCUAAUGUCCUGGAACAACAAAAAGCUGGAAAUGAAGACCCCAUUGGUUUUAGCGGCAUGGAGGUGUUGUCUGACAGCAAACCCAGAUUUGUGGAAUGGUGUGCUGAGGAAGAGAAUCAAGAACUCAUCACAAACUUUAAUUCCCAGUACAUGAAGGUACAAAAAGGGUGGAUUCAGCUGGAGAAGGAGGCUCCACCAGCUCCAAAAGUCAAGAAUAAAUCUGACAAGUUAAAAGAGAUCUGGAAAAGCAAGAAGAGGACCCGGAAAUUCAAAGGGUCUACUGAGGUCCAGAAGCUGUCCCCUGUUCAAAUGCUCUUCAUGAAGGCCUUUAAUGUAUCCAACAUCUGCAGGUGGUUCAUGGACACAACUGAAACCAAAUCUCUGGUAAUUGUGAAGAAGUUAAACACACGACUCCCAGGAGACAUCCCACUCAUCAAGCUUCCACUGCAGAAGGGCUCUUCUUCUGGCAUUUACCCAAGUUCGCUUCAAGCUGAACGUCUGAAGAAGCACCUGAAGAAGUUUGCUGCUAUGACUCCAGCAAAAAACACAAUAAAGACCCAAAGACUGUGGGCUAGGCUUCGAGAGGGCACUGAGGAAACUGAGCCAGAGCAAGUGGCCAGUCCAAGGCAGACAUCCCCAUCUGAAGUCACUUUGGAACAUGGUGUUGAAGCCAAAACCCAACCCUGUUCAACCGUACCAGUGCAGAACAGUUCACGGAUUCUGAGGAAAUGCUCCAACUUGAGAUGCAAACUUCCUGGCCAGAACAAGGUACUCAAGCAGGAAAAAAAUGACUUUGUAACAAAGCAACCCUCAGCCGAAAGCAAGCCAAGUAGGAAGAGCCUGUGCAUUAAGCCGUUAAUGUCCCCAAAACUGGCCCAGCAGGUCAAAGCAACUCCAAUACCUGCUAAAUCCAUUUUGGUUGAAAAAGGAGGAAAGGAAAGGAAAGGGGGGAAGGGCAAGCUGCAGGAGGACACCCCAUCAAAGGGCGACCCUCAGCCAAGCAAAAAGAAGUCAGUUAAUGAGAGCAUCAGGGCACAGGGGCAGUUGAACACUUCAAGCAAAGACAAGCUCCCUCUUAAGAAGCCCAGUAAAUUGAAGCAUAUGGAAGCUCGUGCUACUCAGAAGCAGACCACCAUGGAAAGAAGCAGUAAGCACACGUCUCGGAAUGAGAAAGUGAAGAAACCACAACCCAGGAAAAAGAAGCUUCCCACCCAGAAGGGAAAAGCAAACACCAGUAAAAAAAAUACUCUUCCUUCCAAGCAAGUAGGGUUUGUGAAGCCUUCAAAGCAGAAAGCGGUGCAAGACUCCUCUGGCCGAUCUCUCAAAGUAGCUUCUAAAAAGGCAAGCAGUGGGAAAGCUCUGACUAGGUCAACAAAACUAUUCCAGCAGAGUAACAAAACUCAGAGCAAAAGGAAGCUGAGGGCAAACAAAAACUCUUCACCCUGCAAGCGCAGGCGGCUGGAUGCAAAGUAGCAGCCUCGUGUUACAAAGGAGGGGUUAGGUCAACAGAAAUCCUUCCUCAUGCAUUAAGUAGAUACGUUUAUGAACAUGGGGAGGGGUCAGGGAAAUGUCUAGCUAAAGGUCAACACUCUGUCCCUGAGUUUUAGGAGCCCUGAGUUGUGUUGCAUGCAGAUUGGGGCACCAUUCUUUUCCGCUGCUGAGAAGGGAAGUUACUGCUUUUGGAAGUUCCUAGACUUUUAACUGGGAGCUUGGCAGUUUCAGUUCAAAGUACAGUGCCUUAUUUAUCAUUUUAGGAAAUAAAUUUAGUCUGCGUGAUUUAAAGGCUGGCAGUUUAUAAGUAAUGCACAAGCACUUGUACUGUAAUGGAAAGAGAACAGCCUUUCAUGCACACCCUAUAGAUUUUGGCAGCCCGUCAGCUGGGAUUCACACAGGAGCAAUCCCCCCCUCCCAUUGACAUUGUAGCAUCUUGGCUUUGUUUAAUUUGAGAGUGGCAUUUUAAAGCCAAACUCCACAGCAUUUCCUUUCUAGCAGGUCAGAAUGGUAUAAUUUAUUAUUAAGGUCUUAACUGUCAGACACCUUGUGUAACUUAGAAGGGUGGGCAGUCUAGGAUUUGGCUACAUUCAUUCUAGUUUGUCUUCUGUCACAAAAAGAUUCUCUCUGUCAAAUUCUUCAGUUAUAGUGGUAACUCUGGCCAACGUUAUCCAAAAAAGGAGAUUACUCUUUUGUCUGGCUAGAAAGCCCUUUCCUUUUAAGGGAACGUUGUCUGUCUUUCUGAUAUUGUUCAUAAGAAGCAAUGUUCACAAGGAUGAUUUUCCGAUUUUCACUCAUGAUGCAUGUUUGGAGUACCCUGAAAGAUUAUUGGCUGAAUAUGUAUCUCAGCACUGAUAUAAAUGCACAGAACCCAUAGACAUCCCAAAGUAAAUUCUGCAUGCAUCUUAAGAUGAUGUGUCUGUAAAAACUAAUGUGGGAAGCUGCCCAUAAACUGGUGAACUCUUCUUAUGAAGGGCCGGGUCAUGCUUCCAUGUAUUUUCUAUGCAGUUUCUGCAAGCCGUCUUUCCAUAGGCUUUCUGUUCUUCAGAUGUUCGAAGGUGUUUUUAAAAAUUGAAAGGAAGAAUAAUGCGAUACUGGCUAUGAAUAAACUGGAAGUAUCUGGUGCCUUUCACAAAGUUGGUUUGGUUACAGCUUGAAGCAAACUUUCUUUGCCGUGGCUUAAAAGGCUGUACAUUCAAGCUCUUCAAAUGCUUACAACGUUCCGUGCAACUUGUAAAGCUCAUCUUCCAGGUAUAUUCAGUGAAUUAUGUAAAGGUCAAGAAGUUAUCAUUGCUCAUACAAGCUAUUUCUGUGAAAGCCUAUUAGAAAUUCAAACAGGCCCCUUCUCAGUGAAAACAUUUGUAAAGAAUCCUGCAAGAGGGAAGGAGGAUUUUUUUUUCAGGGGAAGCUUCCUGUUCCCUUUGCUUUGUGCCACCCGUCUGUUGGGGGUGAUAGUGGUUGCUUCCGCUGUGGGUCUGGCCUUCUACUUAUUUCUGUAGUUUCUCUUUGAGCCACAGCAAAGACAAAGCUGUUUGCUUGGAAACGUGUGCAGGCUUCCUCUCAUGUGCUGUUUGUGGCACCCAGGAGCUUCCUCUGAAGGCCUCCAAAUUGCUUGACCUUUCGGAAUAGCUUUCCGUGGAUAUCAUCUGAGAUCUGCGUACUCAAACACAUCUUUACACAUGAUUAUAUUAACUGGCUUGAACCAGUCUUUCCAGUUGUUGAGGGAUUUAUUGAAUAAAGGAAAAGGAAAACCCUUCAGGGAAUAUGAAGAAGGCAGAAGCAUGAAGGAAUUGGAUUUUUUAAAGAGGGGAGGGUAUGUUAGCAUUGGCAAUCCUAUACCAAAGCUCAUUACUGCAAGCAGAAAACUAGCUCUGUAAUUUUCCCAUUGAUCAAAAAAAUUGGGAUUAGGCUUCUGGAAAGGCAAAUCCCUCCUGCUCACCCACUUAUGGUCAGUGGCCUGAGGGUGCAGUAAAGCUCUAGGACACAUCAGGGUGGACUCUUUUUAAUGAAAUAGUUUUACUUCAUAACUUCUAUCUUCUGAUUUUAAUCAUGCUACAUAAAAUUAAUUGUUGAGUGUUUAAGCCAGGCCUAGCAUUCCUUGUAAAGAUUGAUAUGCAUUUGUCUGUUGUUUUCACUGCACAUAUCAGAUGUGCUAGACAUUCCAACAGUUCUAUUAGGAAGUAUUUAAUGAAAUUUGAGAACGAGAGAAAGGGACAAAAAUGUCAGAAUUUCUCUUCUCCUUUUUCGACCGUUACAUGUCUCCAUCCACAGAGAUGUAUAAUUCUGCUUACACUACCAAGGGCUGCUUCCUAACAAAAGGCUGGGUGGUGGAGCACCCUGUGCUACUUAUGGGAAGCAAUUCUCACUCAGUCACCUGCUAAUAAAAUCUUUCUGCAUUUCUCUGCUGUCCCAUUUCUUGUGUUGUCUGUACCUAACAAUCUCUUUGUAAGCACCAUGUAAUAUUUUGGAGCUUUGCAUUUCCACUGAGUAUUUGUAAUCUCUUCUUCUGUGUGCAAGACUGCCAGAGUCUGAGAAGCUAGAAUUGCAACUGUUGGCCUUGCAAAACUUUCCUUGGAUCUUGGGAUGGCCUCCAGUCCUGGUCCAGCCGCUGUCUUGCUGCAUUCUUGAGGAAGAGCCCCUAAGUCUGGUGGACACCAAAGUAUCCAGCUGUUUUGCUUUGCAGGGGCAAGCUUUCUCCAAAUAGACAUUGGACCAGUGUAGCUUCCCAGAGAGGGGGUGGAAGGAGAAAGGGUAACCAAGGCUGCAAUACUGGCUGCACAUACCUUGAACUAAGCCCCACUGAAUGCAGUAGCUGUGUAUAGCCCAAAGCAGUUUAGAGGUGGGUUUUUUUUAAAAAGUAAAUCCUGGGGAGAUAACUUAGUAGCAUUUUGAGUUAAAGCAAACACAUUUCUGGGAAUGUGCCACAUGUAUCAGACCAGAUUCUGUGCAAGUGGUACUAUUCAGUCACUAACAUACUGGGCAAGAGAUGUUGUGAACCAAUUCUUUAAAUUAAGGCUGUUCCCUCUCCUGUGGAUUCCUUGCAAUCCAUCUCUUCUACUUUUGUGAAUGUGGAUUUCAUUCCUUUCAGCAGUGAUAUCUUUGAACUCCUUGGCUCUGUUCUUGGAUUGGGCCUCUUCUUUGGGGGACUUAAUGUGCCCCUCAUCCCAUCCCAUCCAGCCACUCAUUGAGUAUAUUCAGUGGGAUCAAUUAACAAGUAAUGGAGAAACCGAUUUUAUCUAAGUAAUGGUAGCAGCAGUGUUGCUGUUAGUGCCUCGUGAAGUAAUAAACCUUUUGAGGUACCUGCAUUACCAGUUGGAGACUCAUUAGUGAACUAGUGGGCCAUUAAUCUGACCUGCUGUAACUGUCUACUAAAUUAAUUAUGCUGAUGGGUUUGAGUAUUAUUUUUGUAUGUUCCUGUUCAGUAUGAUGGCAAGACAGUGUUCAGGCUGUACAGCUAUAUUUUCUGCUCUACCCAAUGUGCUUGGGGAUUCCACUGCCUAAGCAUCCUGGACCUUCAUUCGUAGGCCUACAGGUGUAGUCAGGUGCAGCAUGGAGGACUUUCUGGCUUCCAUUUGCCUCAGGCACUCCCAAGUGAAGGUAAGUGUUCUUGGUCAUUGAAUAAGGUAAUCUCUUAUGCAGUUUUGCUUCCAUCAAAUGAAAUAUAACUGAUUAAAUUGUUCACUGAAAGACAGUUUCUUCCUUGAGGAUAGAACCUUAAAGCUCAUCUUCAGGUUUUAAAAAAUUGUUCUGCCAUUAAUAAUCUGCACAGUUUCAUAAUCCUUUAAAGGACCUCCGUAUCUUAAUCACUCUAACUCUGGCUCUGUGCUCUUCCUGCCUCUUGAGAGAAUAUUCUUCCCAAAGAAAGAUCCUCCAUCUUUAGUACUUCCAGUUUUUUGUAACAGUCCCACCCUUGCUCUGACUCUGGUUAUUUUUCUUCAUCCGUGGUUGGACAUACUACUGCUUUCAGUAGUUUCUGCUAAAGGCUGUCUUCUCUUAUGUUAGGGUGAGUCUCAGCUAUUGAACAAAGUCAAAGAUUGGUGCUGCACAUUUACACAUGUACAGCUUCUGCAAUGAUGGUAGCUCUAAACUGCCACCGGUCUUGUGGCCUAUGUUGCUUUAAAAAUGCUAUUUAUAACUCUUCUCCUCCAAAAAGUACUUUUUCAGUGUGCAGGCACAUUAUUGACUCUUACUUUGUUUUUUAAAAAAGUAUUUCCCUUUUCAGGAAUCUUAUUGUGGGAUGUAUUUCAGCCACACAAAACAGUUGCUGCAUUUAUCAUUAAUAAACAUUUGUGAUUAUUAUGAAUUGGGAUCUCCUGCUCAUCCUCUCUAGAAAAUAGAAGCUGUUAAAAGGAUAUUUUUUUCACCUGGGUAAUUUCCUUGUGUCAAUAGUCUCUUGUGAUAGGAAAACCUGUGCCCCAUUCUAGGGAGGUAGCCACUGGCUUGUUCCUCAUUUCACUGAGAAAAUCACUGUCUGUACCUGAAUUUAACACCUAAAAUAGGCGAUAAAAGAAGAUGAUAAUGCCCAAAGCACACUGACUCUCUCUACUGGGAAGUACAGCAGAGCAGCAGGGAGUAAAAAUUUGCCAAAGGGAAAUAGGAAUACUAGGUUGGAUUCUAAGCACUGGGAGCAGUGUGGCACUCACAGAACGAAAAUCUCCCACUUCCCCUUGCAGCAACGUGCCGUGCUUCCUGGAAUUCAGCUUCUGAGUAGCAGGGGGGCAGUUGACAGACCCUCAAGAAUAACCUAGGGAACAAAAUCCAUGAAAAAAAGUUCCCCUGGCAUGAACAGAAAGAUACUGUGGCUCUUACUUAAAACAUCUGUGUCAACUGAAUUCCUGGCUUUCUGUCUUCUGUUUAAUUUCUUAUACUCUCUCAAUAGAAACAAAAAUACAAAUAGGGGUUCUGUGGAUAAGUGAGUCAACAGAUUAUUAUUAAUCAGUGCCACUGUAGCAUUUCAUCCCCAUCUCUAGCUGUGCCUGGCAUUUUUUCUCUUGCACACGCGCACACACACAAAAGCUGUCAGCAUCAGGUCCUUGGUUUCCUCUCCUUAAAGGUAGUUUAUCUUAUCACUGUUUCCUGGGGAACUCCUUGUCAGACCUUUUCUGACCACAUAAGGUAAUUCUGCUAUACAGACGGUACCUCUGUGCAGAAUCUUCCCAACACAAAUAAUUGCAGCAAAACACAUUUGCAUAUGAUUGUGCGCAUGUUCCUAAACUUGCUUUAAAAUUUCCUGUUAGAAAACCCCCCACCUAUUCUAGGGUGAUCUCAGGGGUUCUGGUUUGCGUUUCCAUUCUCUUCUUAAAAUUCUUUCCUUUUGAACUAUUUCUCUGAGAAUUGUUUCUCAUGGGGUAGUGAAAAUGAGUGGAGUUCUGAAUGGGUUUGUGACCUGUGUGCAACCUUUUAGCUAAGUGGGUCUUUUUACACUGUAUUGCUAACAAGGAUUUUUAAAAUAAUUUUUUUGUGAAUUACUUCAAAUGCAAUGUGAAUAUAUACAUAUAUGUAUAUGUGUGUAUAAAUAUAUAUAUGAAUAGUAACUGCUGUGUAACAUAGCAUCCAGCUAGUGGUUUAAAUGCUUUCCUAGGUGCAGGGUAAAGACUGCAUUCUGUUUCUGGGCAGUCACAAAAAAGGUAGCAUAAUAUUGUAAAUAAUUUUAAAAUAUUUAUUUCCUGUACUUUGUGUGAGUCUCUAGAGUGCUAUUGGUUUGCAAUGUAGUAAUUGUGAGGGGGGAGUGUCUAACUGUAAAUAUCAUUGGACACAGGGAGAAGGACCAGGCAUCUGGUCUGGAAAUUAUGCUGCAGAAUCAAAGGCCUAAUUUUCACUGAAGUGGUGUAAAGCUGUGUCUGGGCUGCAGCGCUGGAUCUAGGGUUGCCCACGCCCGGGGCAACCCUUGCUGGCCACCUCGCACGCGCACACAGCACGCGCUCCCCGCGCUGCGUGAUGACGGCACUUCGGUGACGUCAUCACACAGGGCGGAACAGAGGCAGUGCGCGGGGCUGGGAAGCCGCCCGCGCUAUUUGCCUCCCUGCAAGCGAAUGG